GUGUUGGGGGUCGAGCUACGCUAGAGCUACGCCGCUCAUUCAGCUCCUGCUCUCCGCGGAGGCACCACGGCGACUCCCCACCACAACAAACCCGUGAACGAGCCGUUAAACCCCUACCGUCAGAUCCCCUGCUUACACGCACGGAUUUGAAUGUUUGAAUGCGGAACUUUGCGGUCGUACAAGCCGCUCUGGGAGCCUCCGUUUUUCGUUAAUCUCCGAAAAGAUCGCGGAAUCGCCCGUCGGAUGAGAACAUUGUGUUCGGUUCAGGCCGUACCGCCGUCGCCUUUUGCAGCUACUGUCUUUCCCCCACUAGCAUAAGUGAUUACAAAUCCGAGCAACACGGAUCGCCACCAUGAGGAAGAAAGCUCGGUACCACCGGGUCCCCGUACCCCAGCGGCCGCCGUCUCCCAUCAUGCCCUCGCCCAACAAGCAGAUCCUCACCUACGCCCAGGCGCAGCGAAUGGUGGAGAUGGAGAUUGACGGGCGGGUGCACCGCAUAAGCAUCUACGACAAGAUGGGCGUGCUUUCGGACGACGACCCCACGGCCCAGGAGAUGCUGGAGUGCACGAGCAACAAGGAGAACGCGGACAAGCCCCCGCCGCAGGCCCCGCUGCGCUCGGUCCGUCUCAAGAACAGCCAAGAGAAGAAGAACGCCGCUCUCGGCGUCACCGCCACGGCGGCGGCGGCCUCCCAUGGGGACAAGCCCGGGAACCACGGCCCCCACAGCGGGGCCUGCCCCAAGAAGCUCCCGGAGCCCAAGUUCCGCACGGUGGAGUACAACCUGCCGGCGGUGCCCCGGCGCCCCUCCGCCUUCUACGCCUUCGAGGAGAAGACGGAGGAGGAGCUGGACGAGGAGACCGAGUACGACAUGGACGAGGAGGACUACGCCUGGCUGGACCUGGUCAACGACAGGCGCCGCGGCGAGGGCGCCAGCCGCGUCUCCUACAACGUGUUCGAGUUCCUGGUGGACCGCUUCGAGAAGGAGGCGCACCUGGAGAGCCAGGGCCAGGAGCAGGCGCCCGUCGACGAGGACGCCGUGUGCUGCGUGUGCGCCGACGGCGAGUGCCACAACGGCAACGCCAUCCUCUUCUGCGACGCCUGCAACCUGGCGGUGCACCAGGAGUGCUACGGCGUGCCCUACAUCCCCGAGGGCCAGUGGCUGUGCCGCCACUGCCUGCUGGCGCCUGGCACGCCGGCGGCCUGCGUGCUCUGCCCCAACACGGGCGGUGCCGUCAAGCGCACGGACGACGAGCGCUGGGGCCACGUGGCGUGCGCCCUCUGGGUCCCCGAGGUGGGCUUCUCCAACACCACCUUCAUCGAGCCCAUCGACGGUGUGCGCCACAUCCCGGCGGCCCGCUGGAAGCUGACGUGCCACCUCUGCAAGCGCAAGGGCGCCGGGGCGUGCAUCCAGUGCCACCGCGCCAACUGCUACGCCGCCUUCCACGUCAGCUGCGCCCAGAAGGCGGGGCUCUUCAUGAAGAUGGAGCCGGUGAAGGAGGUGACGGAGAGCGGCGAGCCGGCCUUCUCGGUGAAGAAGGUGGCGUACUGCGGCGCGCACACGCCCAGCGGCGGCGCCCGGAAGCCCCUGACGGUGUACGACGCGGUCACGGCGCCCCGGAACGGACUGUGUAAGAAGGAGGAGCAGGGGGCUAGACGGAGCCGGCGGUCGAAAGGGAAGCGGCCGCAGCCGCAGCAGCAGCAGCAGCAGCAGAGGAAGAGCAAGAAGAGUAAAAAGCCAGACGUGAAGGUGGAGGAGGUGGAGGGGGAGGUCGCCACUCCUGCCAACGCGCCUAGCUUCCCUCUCCAAAGGCUACAGAGCAUCCUGAACCAGGUGUCCAUCCAGAAGAAGAAGGCGUUUGUGCAGCUGGUGCUGAACUACUGGACCCUAAAGAGGCAGGCGAGGAACGGGUUGCCUCUCAUCCGCCGGCUGAAGACCAGCACUCAGUCCCCGAAGACGGUUCAGCAGGGCCACCAGAAGCAGUGCGAGGAGGAGAGCCGGGCCCUCAAGGAGCAGCUGAAGGAGUGGCAUCGCCUGCGCCACGACCUGGAGCGAGCCAGGCUACUGCUGGAGCUCAUCCGCAAGCGGGAGAAGCUGAAGAGGGAGGAGAUGAAGCUGCAGCAGACUCUGUUUGAGCUGCAGCUGACGCCCUUCAGCCUGCUGCUCGGGGCCCUGCUGGAGCAGCUGCAGGAGAAGGACCAAGCCCGGGUGUUCGCCCAGCCCGUGGACGUCGGCGAGGUCCCGGACUACCUGGACCACAUCAAGCACCCCAUGGACUUCUCCACCAUGGCCCGGCGCGUGGAGGCGCAGGCGUACGGCGGCCUGGACCACUUUCAGGCCGACUUCGACCUCAUGGUGGCCAACUGCCUGCAGUACAACCCCCGGGACUCGUACUUCCACCGCGCCGCGGUACGCAUGCGCGACCAGGGCGGCGUGCUGAUCCGCAAGGCCCGACGCGACGCCGAGCGCAUCGGCUUCGACCCCCUCGCCGGGAUCCACCUGCCGGAGGCGCCCAAGCUGGAGCCGGCACCACCCUUCUCCUGGGACGAAGUGGAUCGCCUUCUGGUGCCGGCCAACCGGGCCCGCCUGUCCCCCGAGCAGCAGCUGCAGCAGCUGCUGGAGAAGCUGGACCUCACCUGCUCCAUGAAGUCCAGCCCGUCGCGCAGCAAGCGGCUGAAGCUGCUGAAGAAGACCAUCAACGACGUGCGCAGCGAGGCCAGCCUCCACCGGGGGCUCCCCGACCACCACCACCCCCACCAUCACCACCACCCCCACCAUCACCAUCACCAUCACCACGCCUCCUCGUCCUCAUCCUCUGCUUCGUCCUCCUCGUCUUCGUCGUCGACCUCUUUGUCGUUGACGUCGCCUCAGCCCGAGGCGGGUAAGACUCACCUGAGAGCCGCGCAGACCAACGGCCACUGUCUCCACGACGAUGGGGACAAGUCUCUCCCCCCCAAGCUGGAGCCUCUGGACUCCAGCCCCCCCCCGGUCCACCCGGACGGAGACCCCGGGCCCCCCACCCUCAGAUCCAUCCACGACGGACCCCUCCUCCACCACAAGGCCAACCACCUCCACCACCACCACCACCACCACCGCAAGGACCCCCCCAAACUGAACCCCAGCAAGAACCCCCCCAAGCUGAAACACAAGGGCGCUCCGGGCCUCCAACCCGAGGACGCGCCCAGCCUUAACCACGACGGCCCCCGUGAUCUCAGUCACCUGGAGGCCCCCAGCCUCAAACACAACGCCAACCACCUCCAGGACCCCCCCAGCCUUAAACACACCGCCCCCUGCGGCCUCCACCACCAAGACCCCCCCAGCCUCAAACACGGCUCCAACCCCCUCCCCCAGGCGGACCCCCACCACCUCAGACACAAGGCGGACCACCUCCACCCGGAGGACCCCCACCACCUCAGACACAAGGCGGACCACCUCCACCCGGAGGACCCCCACCACCUCAGACACAAGGCCCACCACCUCCACCACGAGGACCCCCAUCACCUCCACCCGGCGGACCCCCACAACCUCAGACACAAGGCCCACCACCUCCACCACGAGGACCCCCGACACCUCCACCAGGCGGACCCCCACCACCUCAGACACAAGGCCCACCACCUCCACCCGGCGGACCCCAACCACCUCAAGGCCCACCACCUCUAUAAGGUGGAACCCCACAACCUCAGAAACAAGGCCAACCACCUCCACCACGAGGACCCCCCCAUUCUGAAACACAAGGCCAACCACCUCCAUAACGAGGACCCCCCCAUUCUGAAACACAAGGCCAACCACCUCCAUAACGAGGACCCCCCCAUUCUGAAACACAAGGCCAACCACCUCCAUAAUGAGGACCCCCCCAUUCUGAAACACAAGGCCAACCCCCUCCCCCACAAGAGCCUCCCCCACGACCAGGCGCCCCGCCUCGACUGCGAGCCCCCCCGUCCCCUCGACGACCGGGUACCCGACAUCAGACGCGGAAAGCCCGACGGCGAGGCUCCUCACCUCAACGGCCACGCGCGGCCCUCGCCCGGCUCCCAGAAUGCCUUGCUGGAGGGCGAGGUCAGCGUGGUGGCGACGUCCACGCUGGCCGAGCCCGUCGGCGCGGUCGGUCGCCGCACCGCCAUCCUCUUCAGGAAGUCCAAGAGGGGCGUGGCUGUGGUGGGCGUGGCAAGGGGAGGGGGAGGAGCCGACGGAGGGAAGGAGGCGGGGCCAGGGGGGAUGGCGGCAGAGGGGGCAGGGCGGAUACCGCGGAUCGGGGAGGAGGAGGUGGUGGAAGGGGAGGAGCUUGGGUCCAAGUCCUUCCUGUCCGUGGUGAUCCCGCGGCUGGAGAACCUGCUGCAAGGGAGGAAGAGGAGGAUGAGGAGGAGCGUCGACGGGCGGCUGAGCGAGGAAGACUCAACGGCGGCCGAGGAGGGAGAGGGGGUGUCGCCGGUCAAACGGCUCGACAGAGGUCUGUCGAACGGUUUCCUGGAGGAGGAGGUGGAGGAGCAGGAGGACCAGGAGGGGGUACAGAAGGAGCUGGGGAACCCCAGGACUCUGGAACCACGGAGACGCUGGGCGUCCGAGUCGUCCAUCUCCUCCAGUAGCAGCCUGUCUGCCUGCACCAGCGGCACCCUGACCCUCCCCCAGUGUGGGAAGGGCAAGCCGGCGCUGGUGCGGCGCAACACGCUGGACGACAAGAGCCAGAUGAUCGCCUGCAUCGAGACGGGCAACUACGCCCGCGCUGCCCGCAUCGCCGCAGAGGUGGGGAACAGCAGUAUCUGGAUGCCCGCCAGCGCGGCCACGGUAGCGCUGGAGCCCCUGACGCUAGUGUGGGCCAAGUGUAGCGGGUACCCCUCCUACCCCGCCCUGAUCAUAGACCCCCACAUGCCCCGGGUGGCGUGCCAGCACAACGGGGCCUCCAUCCCAGCGCCCCCCCUGGACGUGCUGCGGGUGGGGGAGCAGAUGCAGUACAAGGCGGAGGAGAAGCUCUUCCUGGUCCUCUUCUUCGACAACAAGCGCAGCUGGCAGUGGCUUCCUAGAUCCAAGAUGGUGCCGCUGGGCGUGGACAAGACGGUGGACAAGAUCAAGCUGAUGGAGGGGCGGAGCUCCGGCGUGCGCAAGGCCGUUCAGGUGGCGUUCAGCCGGGCCAUGAGCCACCUGAACAUCACCCAGGACCCGCCCCCCAGCGACCUGAGCGACGUGGACUAACACACA